AUGUCUCCGAAAGUCUUCAACAUGGGUCUCAUCCUAAUCCAACCCGAAUUCCAAUGGCUCGACGCCUCCGGGCCCGUCGACUACAUCAACAACCACUCCCGAGCCAUGAUAUCGCACCUCCAUCUCCCCGGCGACAUCACCGACAAGGCGCCCAUAAUCAACUGGCACUACAUCUCCUCCGACCUCACGCCCGUGCAACCAACCUCUGGCCCGCUGCAGGUCCCGACAUGCACGUUCGCUACGUGCCCACCGUUAGACUUUAUCGUUGUUCCGGGGCCUGACCCCACGGCUCAGGCGUCAAAGGAAUUCACCGAGUUUAUCCAGCAGCGCGUUGCUGAUCCAGGACUUCGCGGUCUGCUUAUGGUCUGCACUGCUUCGCUAAUGGUCGCGCAAACGGGCGUUCUUGACGGGCACCAAGCGUGCACGGCAAAGGUCGCGCUGAAAGCUUUCUCCCAAGCAGGCAUACUUAACAAGAGCGUCAAGUGGGUAGGCGAUCGGCGCUGGGUCGUCGACGGAAAGCUGUGGAGCGCGGCGGGAAUCACGUCGGGCAUUGACCUCGCGGCUGAAUUUGCGAGGGUGUAUUUUGACCCAGUUAUUGUGCAGUUAGCGAAGGAUGCGGCGGAGUAUGAGCCCAAGCCUGCAUAUCCAGAUCCGUUUGCGAGGUUGUUGGAUGGUGUAGAGUUGUAG